ACAAAAGGACAUGGAGGCCUAUUUAAUGUAUUCAUUUAGUAUACUAUAUUCUAUAUGUGUUCAGAUAACAUGGUGUUUUUAAAUUAGUUUAAGGAUGUACAUAGUUAAAAGAUGCUUAAAAAAAUCAGGAAACCACAGCCACAGAUAAAUAACAACAACAAAAAUCCCAUAUGUUGUAUAUUUGUAAGCCUGCUACUGUUAUCUAGUGUGCUUUUAAAGAAAACAUUUUGAUGGCAUUUGCUGACUUCUGUUGGUUUGUGGAUAUGUGGUUGUAGUUUUGAAUCAUGGGUUUCAAUUGUUGAAGAUGAGCUUAUAGGACUUUGUCAGACGUGUGUGGUAGGUUUGCCUAGUCAUAUAUAUUUGAUUGGUUUGUUAUUAGUACAAUGCAAUACUGAAAUAUAAAAUGACUUUAAGUGUGCUCAAUGGAAUAGCUUGAUGUAUAGUUUGUUAUGGAGAACUGCAGACCUACAAAUUAGAUCAAAAAGAGGACCUGCUGCUGCAGUUUGUGGUUGUGUCACAUGUGCAAGUGUGUGACUAAAUAGGUUUUCUUUGCUUUGCCAGCCAGACGAGCACAGAUGGCAAGCAACACUGAGGUGGCAUUCUUUCACACCACGAUGGAAACUGUUACAGAUGAUCUCUACCACUAUUAUGACUAUGAAUUAAAUGAUACAGUGAGUCCAACAUCAGUCACUGCAGUGAAGGAGCAACCUCUCGCUAUGUCUCACAUCUAUCUCCCCAUGUUGUAUUUCAUCAUGUUCUUUGCUGGAUUCACUGGGAACCUGUUUGUCAUCAUAGUUAUUGGUAACAGGCACAAGAAGAAUGCACGUCUGGUAGAUACAUUUGUGAUGAACCUUGCUCUAGCAGACCUGGUGUUUGUCUUCACUUUGCCUUUAUGGGCCAUCUCAGCUGGGAAGCGUGACCAUUGGCCCUUUGGGGAGCUGUUGUGCAAGAUUAGCAGCUAUAUCAUCGCCGUCAACCGGUUUUCCAACAUUUUCUUUCUCACAUGCAUGAGCGUGGACCGCUACCUUGCCAUAGUGCGCCUCAUGGACUCCCACUUUCUCCGGAGCAGCAAAUGUAUACAUCUCACCUGUGGAGUAGUAUGGGGAUCGUCUCUGAUCCUGGGUACACCAUCACUGGUGUAUCGCAAGCUGAAUGUUGAAUAUGGCUUUUGUAUAGAUGACUUGGAGUCCUCCUUCUUCCAAGGUAUGAUUCUGCUGACAGUUUUUCUGAGCUUUGUGCUGCCUGUGAUGAUUAUCCUCCUGUCUUAUGGCUCGAUCAUGGUCAAACUGCAGCACCACUGUGUCACUGCCGGAAAUUCACGCGCUGAAGCCCGAUGUCGCCACUCUCUCAAAAUUGUUUUCACCAUCAUUAUAGUCUUUCUGGUAUCUUGGCUGCCCUACAAUGUGUUGAGAACAAUUCAAGUCAUCUGCAAGAUCAGUAAUGGCAAGCUGGAUAAUGACACCUACAAGUAUUUGGCCAGAGGGCUCAUUAUCUCCUCCUGCCUGGCCUUCCUCAACAGUUGUCUGAAUCCAGUCAUUUACUUGUUUCUGGAUAAGCAUUUCAGACGCAGCGCAGCCUCACUGUGCAAAUCCUGCACUGGCAAAAGGGAUAUACAGCAGAGUUACAUGUCCUCUAACUCAACUGCCUCAAAUGGUAUCUCUGAGGGCCUGGGAAGCACUGCAGCCCGUGGCCACAUCUUCCCCCUCACGCAAAAGAAAUGAACUCUCCUCAGCCACAUCUGACCACAGGUUAUAGCUUUACAUGAUUUCAUAUACUAUAUAUACACUCUCUAUAUACUCAAAUGUACUUUUAUUAUAUCAUUAUAUGAAUGCAUUAAUAGAUUAGCUAUGCAUGAGGAUAUGUUAGUGCCAGUAUAUUUGUGGGGUAGUCUAAUAAAUUUUUAACAACAUUUGCUGGUUUUUCUUGUACUCCUCAAAUGUGUUCCUAGAAUAAAAAUAAUUAAAAAUCCUGUUUUUAUAAAAUGUUAUAGAUUCAAAGAAGCUAACAAUAUGUGGCUGACUGUUCUGCUCAAGAAUAUGUUCCGAAUGUUAGGAAACAUUACGGCUUUAGAUGAAUCAUUGCCCGGACAUUUAUCAUUUAUCAGUAAUUUCAACAUGUCUGUGACUGAUUUUAAUAAAUGCAGAAAUGAACAUAAUUGUACUAUUUUCUGUUUUUCUUUUCUUUUCUUUUUAUUAACAUAGUCAUAUAUAUUUUUAAAAACAGAUUUUUUAAACGUUUGAAUUUAAAAUAGUAAACAUUACUCUUUUGUUCAUGCUUAAUGUGCACAUACUUCAAAAUAAAAAACAUAUAAACUACAGUAAUUUAAGUCCAUUAUUAUUAUUUUUCCAUGCUCACUGGAGAAUUUUUUCCAUGUAACCGAAUGUUUUAGAUGCUUUUUUUUUUUUGGUGCAUUUCUUCUUUAAGUUCAAUACAUCAGUGAUGUGUUUAUUUGUGCUCUGGAACAUUAUGUAUUCUGGCAAUCUUAAGUAAUAAAUAAUUAAAAAUACAGUUAUUAUUUUAUUUUUAUUUAUUUGUCAUAAUUAACAUAGUAAAGACAUUUCAUAAUUUUCAGUGA